UGUUGUUACUUUACACCUGAUUAUCUGUAGUCAACUGUUCAAACAGCACAAUGUCACAAGCGAAAGAGAAGCGUCUAGAAAGACCUGUUGGCGGAUUCAGUGAAACAAAUACCAGCAUAGAUAGUACUGAAUUAUCUAAUAACCAAUACGAAAAACAAAGAUUGAUGCAUGAAUCUAGAGACAUGCCUGUAACAGAUAAGCCUAUUCUUUUACAAAAUCUUAGAAAAUGCCAACCUAAAUAUUAUUUAUUAGUGCACAUAUUAAUUAUGAUAUUUGGAACAUCUGCUUGGAUUGGAGUUAAUGGUAUCUUUAUUCAAUUACCACUGCUAGUCAAUACUGCACCAGAAAGUUGGAAAUUAGCAACAUACUUAGUAAUAGCAGUUCAAGCAGCAAAUAUAGCACCUAUAAUUUAUAGUUUAUUUAGAAAAUCUUCAUGUAAAUCUAAUGAAUUUUGUUGUAUUUUGAGUAGUCUUGGUUUUGCUUCUGUGGUCAUGGGUCUAUUAGCCUUUUUCUAUGAUAAGACAUCGAACAUUAGUGGACAAGAUCACAGUAUAGUAUUGAUAUUGUUGACAUUCUUUACAGCUACUGUGAGUUGCACCAGUUCAGUUUUGUUUAUGCCUUAUCUCAGAAAUUUUAAAGAGUGUUAUCUGUUUUCUUAUUUUAUUGGAGAAGGGUUAAGUGGAGUUAUGCCAAGUGUUAUUGCUCUAAUACAAGGUAUCAAUGAAACUUCCAUAUGCAAUAAUUCCACAAAUAGUUUACAAGUUACAGUUGCUUCUCUUGCCAGAUUUUCACCUCAAGAUUAUUUUUUAUUUUUAUUCUCUUGUUUGAUUUUAUCUACAAUUGCCUUUGCUCUAUUAGAAAAUCUGUCCUUUAUAAAAACAGAAAAAAUGUCUUUUGAAAUAUCAGACCAUAAUUCUUCUAAUGGUGAGACUGAAAAUUGUCACUGUCGAAAACAAGUAUCAGUAUUAUCCAAAAGCUCAAUGGCUGACAAUGAUAUAUCAGAAAAGUACAUUUGUGUAGAUAAUUAUAAAACGACUGAUGAAAGAUCUUCAACAGUUUUUUAUACAAAAAACAUUAAUGGAAUUAUUUUGACUGACUCAUAUUUGUAUGCACUUCUCAGCAUGAUAUGUUUGUUUGCAAAUGGUUUUCUUCCCAGCUUGCAACCUUACUCAUGCUUGUCAUAUGGUAACAUGACUUACCAUCUAAGUGCAACAUUCUCACAAAUAUCAAACCCCAGUGUAUGUCUUCUGGCAAUGUGGUUUGUUACUUAUAGCAGAAAAAUUAUCAACUGGCUAUCGUUUUUUAUAUUUAUCUUAAGCAGCUAUGUCAUGUAUCUUGCUAUAUCAUCACCAAAUCCACCUUUAAAAAACUCAGAUUUUGGUAAAGCUCUAGUAAUUAUGUUGUGGAUAUUAUUAGUUGGCCUGAUUUCUUAUGUUAAGUUAAUUAUUACAUCAGUAUUCAGGAAAAAGUCUGAGAAGACACUUUUUCAAGUUGGUGUGGCAAUGCAAGUAGGAUCUGCUUGUGGUGCGGUUCUGUCAUUUGUUAUAAUAAAUUAUACUGGCUGGCUUAGAGAAUAUAAAUCGUGUAGUAGUUCAUAAGUUUUAUUUUUAUUUAUAGUGAAAAUUGAUAUAUUUUCAAUGAUUUCACAAUUGAUAUUGUAAAUAGACACUUUUGAGAUACAAAAAAUGUUGAUUGAAAUGUAUUUCAGUUGUAAGUAUCUUUUAUUUAUGUUAAGACUAGCUCAAAAAAUUUAUUUAAAAAAUUUAUUCAAAAACGAAAAAUUAGCAUUUUUUUGCCAGAAUGUUACAUAAAAAUUUAUUUUUCCAAAUUCGUCGCGCAAUAAGAAAAUCAAUUAUAGAAACAAUAUGUUAUUUGUAAACAAAUAUACUAAAAUAUUCAUUCUGAUAUUAUUUUACAAAAAAUUGUACAUAAAAUAAUUUAUCAAUGAUUAUCGGAUUAUAUCAAUGAAAAGUGGAAAUCCAGACAUUACAUAAGAAAAUAUAUGUAAAUAAUUGCGAUGCAUUGUAUAGAAAAGUAUUUGUACAGAUUCAAGUUAAAUAUCUAAAAGCAAAUGAUUCCAAGUAUAAAGCCUAUAUGAACUGUUAUAUGAGUGCAUGGACUUGAUGCAUCAAUUUAUAAGCUGUUGAAAAUGUUGAUUUUUAAAAUAAAUUUCUUAUGUUACAUAAAUAGAGUGAUUGAUUUACCAACAUCUUGCUAUAAUUUAUUUGAUAUAACUAGUAUUAUUUAGCGUAUUUUGCGUUCUCUUUAUUUUAUGUUUUUCUGUUAUUUAUUACAUUAAUUGAACCUUUUACAUGUCAACUUCGAGAUUCUAAUGGACAUGAAUAAGUCAUGUUGUUUAAAAUACAUUAAGUUCAUCAAUAUUCAUUAAUUGGGUCAUUGAUUAUAAUUGGAUUAUUAUUAAUGAAUAAAAAUAGACAUUGCACCUAUUUUUUCACAAAAACCGAUGAACUUUUAUUCAUUUCAAGAUAAAUUGGAAACAUUAUCCAAAAGAUUAAUUCAACUUACGAUUGAUACAAUGUACUAAGCUUUUAUACGAUAUUAAACAUUAUAUACUUAAUAG